CGCCCCGUCCUCUGCGCCUGCGCAGUGCGCUUUCCCGGAAGAGCUUGUCGGUGGGCUCCUUGAGCGAAGUCCUUACGGUGGUGCGUCGGUGCGUGACUAUCAGACCACCGCAUAGGAUGUCUGCAGGGCCGAAGAAAGCUUAUGCCACAGCUUUGAUUAAAGAUGACUUCAUUUUUCGCUCAAGAAGUUCGCCUUUCUAAAAGACAUGAGGAAAUAGUAUCACAAAGAUUAAUAUUACUUCAACAAAUGCAGAAUAAAUUUGGAAAUCAAAACACAGAAAAGGGAUCACAACUGCAAGCAGCUGAGACUGCUUUUAAAAGGAAUCUUAGUCUUUUAAAGGAUAUAGAAGCAGCAGAAAAAUCUCUGCAGACCAGGAUUCACCCAGAUCCACGGCCUGAAGUGGUUUCUCUUGAGACUCGUUACUGGGCAUCGGUAGAAGAAUAUAUUCCCAAAUGGGAACAGUUUCUUUUAGGAAGAGCACCAUAUCCUAUUGGUGUUGAAAAUCAAAAUAAAGCAGAAAACACCCUUCAAAAUGAGACACAGCAAUAACUUUUUUGCAUCCUGUUUUUUUUAAUUAUUUAAUAAAGCUGAAUAAAGAACAUGUAGGUAAUUGCAAGAAUUUUGGGAAUUGAACAUGGUUCAUAUUGUUCAAUUAACUCCUAAAUGACAAUGAAUACAGAAGAAUUUACUGGGAAGUCUCUAGUUAUCAUCUAUUACUAUCCCAAGGUCAUGAAUUUGCUUUCUACUAAACCCCUGAAAGUGUUAAAAACUAAUAUUAAAGGUGAACUAUUUAUUAAACAAGUUACUAAAUCUG